AUGAAGUCCUUUAUCCCCGCCAUUUUCCUAGGCCUGGCCAGCCUCGUCGCAGCCGACGCGACGCCAACAGACACCUCCAUCCCAGCAUCAACAGACGCGUCGUCCUUCCUCUCGGAGGUGUACGAGGGCGAGGCGACACCGACGUGGGCCACGGGCAAGUACGCAACAACACUAGCCUCGGCCCUCUACAGCGCGCAGACCUCGUUCGCCAUGCGCUCAGACUACCGCGACAUCGUCGAGGCCAUCUGGUCGGCGGCCGAGCAGGACGGCGGCUCCAGCGUCGUCGAGUCGCUCAGCGCCUCCUACUGGAACUGGGGCGCCGUCACCACAAACGGCUGGUUCCGCGACAACGUGCCCGGGGCCCUGCAGACCGCCGUCGCCCAGUACGACGACACGUGGGAGAGCGUCUUCACCAGCGUCGAGGCCAAGGCCACCGGCACCAAGAACGCCGCCGCCCCGCGCUGCACCGGCAUGGCCGUGGCCGGUGUCGCGGCGCUGGGUGUUGCUGCUGUUGCUGGGGCUAUGUGA